AUGAGAACCAAAACCCAUAUUCCAACUUUCAACUAUAAGCUUCUCCUCCUCGGAGUAUUCCUUGCUUUUGUUGUCCUCUUUGUGUUCAGGUCAAGCUUUGAUUCAUCAUCAUCAUCUUCUUCUUCUUCUUCUUCUUAUUCCAAUGAAAAAUCCACCAUUUUGCCAAAAGUACCCUUGGAUGAGAAAGAAGCCGAGGAUGAUGAAAGAUCAACAAAAUGUGACACCCCAUUGACUUGCAACAAAAUCCCACCCUCCCUAGCCAAAGCUCUAAUCCACUACACAACCUCAACCAUCACCCCACAGCAAACCCUGAAAGAAAUCUCAGUCACAUCAAAGGUCCUAGACAAGAAAUCACCCUGCAACUUCCUCGUCUUCGGCCUAGGCCACGACAGCCUCAUGUGGAGCUCCCUCAACCACGGGGGACGCACGAUUUUCCUCGAAGAGGACGAGUCGUGGAUCGAGCAAAUCCAACGCCGUUUCCCCAUGUUGGAGUCAUACCAUGUCACAUAUGACAGCAAGGUGAACCAGGCUGACAAUCUCAUGGAUGUUGGGAAGGGCCCCGAGUGCACAGCAGUUGGUGAUCCUAGGUAUAGCAUGUGCCAGCUGGCACUCAAGGGCUUGCCUAGUGAGGUUUACGAUAUCAAAUGGGAUUUGAUUAUGGUGGAUGCGCCCACAGGGUAUCAUGAUGAAGCACCGGGACGAAUGAGCGCCAUAUACACAGCUGGGAUGAUGGCUAGGAACAAAGAGGAGGGAGUGACUGAUGUGUUUGUGCAUGAUGUGAAUAGGGUUGUUGAAGAUAACUUCUCCAAGGCUUUCCUUUGUGUAGGUUACAUGAAAAAGCAACAAGGGAGGUUGAGGCACUUCAAUAUUCCUAGUCACAGGGAUGGUUCCCACAGGCCCUUUUGCCCUGAGUAG